AUGCCAGGCCAAAGAGCGUUGCUGGUCAGAGAAAUCGGGAAGCCACUGGAGCUGGUUGCGAGCCUCAUUCCCUCGGAUCAAUUCUCGAGAGAUUGGGGUCUUCUGGUCACGGACAAGUUACCUGCAGUUCUUUGCAAAGAUGUCAUGGGCAUAGUCAGCAAGACGGGACAAGAUGUCGACUCGCUGCAAGUUGGAGACCGAGUGAUUCAUCGAGCGGAAGUUGCGCCUGGCUUCGUGGAGGGCGGACUGCAAGAGUACGCCAUUACCGAUGCUCGCUUUCUGGCAAAGCUCCCUUCCAGCAUCAAUGAUGACGAAGCUGCAACCAUACCGACCAAUCUCACUUCGGUCGCAACAGCCCUAUUUGUUACACUGGGCAUAAGCCCUCCUUGGACUCAAGACACGCCAUCGGAAAGACCGCAAUCAAUUUUGAUCGUCGGCGGUGGCAGUGCAUGUGGUCAAUUCGCCACUGAAUUGGCAGAGAUGGCUGGCAUUUCCCAGAUUGUUCUGGUUGGAGGUGACGAACCGAACUUGAAGGCUCGAGGUGCGACACAUUUUAUUGAUCGCCACAUUGAGGACGGAGACAUAAUCUCGAAGAUCAAGGAGAUUGUCGGCGACAAGUUACUCUACGCAUUGGAUACAGUGAAUGCGGCACUGGGGCUCCAUGUAGCCUUGUCGGUUCUUUCUCGCACUAGCCAAGGAAAACUGGCACGUCUUGUACCAGUCGGGCCGCUAGAGGACAUGGAGACAUACGGUCAUAAAGUGCUUGAUGUAUUCGCCAACGAAUUCGUAAAGCACCCUGACACUAUGGCUCUAUGGGAGCGUCUCCCGGGGUACCUGCAAGCGAGAACGAUCACGCCUACAGCAUUCGAGGUAAAACAGCCUCACGGGCUCCGUGCUGAUGUGGUCAAUGCUGUACUGGAUGCGUAUCGCGACAAUAAGAAAGUUGUCAAGGCGAACAUUCACCUCUGA